AUGUUGGAGGAGAGAGCGCCGAUAGGCUCGCAAUUUGACGCUCGAGUCGAUCCGGCGACACGCCCGAAAAUCACGCUUCCCUCCUUGUCGUCGUUGGGAGACGACUUUUCUCUCCCGCCGCUCAACAGUAUAGUUUCCACGCCCGAGCCGGGAGAGACAAGAAUUACGCUUCCCUCUUUGGCCAAGCUGACCGAGUCUAUCUCGGACGCCUUACAGCCGGCUCAUGGUUCGCGGUACGCAUCGCCGUCCGAGGGCCUGGACCAGUUCAAAAGAAGUCCCGAGGACCAGCUGGAAUCAGAUCGCAAGAGACUGGCCCUGGGGGUGAAGCAGGAGGAAUUCCGUCUGUUCGACCCUCCGCGCCAUCGGACACAGUCUGCCGGGCCGCCGUCCACAGACAGAUUCCAGACGGCCCACAAGCCCGAGUACGUGCUUCAGAACGCCCGUUCUGGCGAAGGGGACCAAUUGGAGACGGCCUGCCAAAUCCCUGUGUUCCGGCCCUCGCAGGACCAAUUUGCAGACCCGAUGGCAUACGUUGAGUCGUUGAAGGACAUCGGCCGCAAAUAUGGCGCCAUCAAGGUGGUUGUCCCCAACCAGCACCACCGAAUCCAUCUGCCAAGCAAAUUUGCUACAUUUUCACAGUCCAAGAAAGGAGCCGUGGUUUCUGGCGGCUACAGUCAGUUCAUUCGCAAAAGAGACCUUUUAAUUAGUCUUGGGUUCCAGCCCAAGUUCGAUAGGUCCACUAUACACACUCCAGGUUACACUACGCCCGAUUCUAAGACCCUUCCGUCUUACGACUUUUAUCAUUGGACAGGCUCUGAAGUCGACGACGAUGGGGCAUUGAUCAGCGGGAUUUCCAGUUUGGAAGAACUAGACAGAAACAGUGAGCGCAUACAAUCAACGGACGACUCGUUUUUCUGGAACAAUGACGUCCAGACCCAGUUUGGGGUCGAGGUUCCUGAAAUAGAUUAUACGGCAACCGGCUGGAACUUGCGGUACCUGAGCGUUUGCGAUGGGUCCUUGUUGCGCUAUCUGAACGAGGAGUCGUCGCUGAUCCAGCCAAAGCUUCACAUUGGUGCCACUUACAGCUUCCAGGCGUGGACAAUGGAGGAUCAUUUUUUGCAACGGGCCGAUUAUCACCAUUCGGGAGCUGUGAAAAAAUGGUACUUUAUUCCACCCAGCGAGCAGGAGAAGUACGAAAAGUUGAGGAAAACCACAGUGAGCGAUAGAAAGAAGCUCAAGAACGAGCUGUUUCGCGAGUUUGUAUCCAAACAGGACAUUUUGGACGACUCUUUGAUAAUGUCUCCCGAGGAACUCAAGCAGAACGGUAUCGAGGUUUUCUCCACCGAUCAGGUUCCGGGCGAGAUCGUGGUCAAAUACCCGCAAACCUACUCGUUCAACGUCUCGCUUGGCACUACCAUCAACGAGAGCGUCAACUUCGCCAGCCGAUGUUGGCUCUCGACCGUUUUAGCCAGCAUUGAGUGGAUGCAGAGCCAGCAGAUUGCUCCUAAUUUCUCCACUUUCAAGUUUCUUGUGAACAUUGCCAACAACUGCAACGACAGAGACACUCUGCGCGACCUGGAGCCUGUGCUGGACACUCUAGUUGGACAGGAGAUGGAUCGCAGAGAACAUGUGCGCGAUUUGCACUUGAAGGAGACUUCCACAGGAACAGCGAACGUGGUGGACACGGACUUGACAGACGCGUAUCCGUCAUACAUUGUUCUUUCUGAUAGAAAACGGUCUGGCGAGUCGCUGACGAUGAGUGUUGCACAGUUCCUGGAAACCUACGACUCCGACAGUCACGAUUACCGGCUCGAGUUUGCGGUGAGGAUGUCCGACGACGCUUUGAGAACGACGCAGAAGGUUGUUCGGUCGAAGCUGGUCACGGGAGCACAGUGGUUGAGCAAGUACCAGGAGCUGAUUUCCGGCUACGACAAGCCGUCGACGAAACUGAUCCGGCCGCUGUUGACCGAAGGAGAGUCGAUUUUCCCGAGAGUGGACAAGCUCGACCCGCAGGACCGCGACGCGUACGAGGUGUUUGACCAGCUGCGCCGGCUGUACAGGCUGACGGAGGACUGGGUAGCUCGGGCGUUGAAAUUUCUGCAAUUUAAGGUGUCAACGCGGAUGCGGCAGCGCAAGAUGGAGUACAGUUCCGACACAGAGUCCUGGAACGAGCUGGAGGAUCUUGACCGGCUGAUCAAGGAGAUCCCGCACCUGCCGAUCUCGACGCCCGAGAUGGACCAGCUGCUGGAGUACUCGAACGAGAUCAUCAAGUACAACGAACUGGUGGAGCAGCUGAUGAAACAGCCGGACGAAAAGGAGCUCGAGAGUCUUCACACUUUGGGAGCGUCUUUUGGAGUGAAGCUGGACUCCUUUCUGCUGCUGGACCGCAUUUUGAAGCGGAAACAGUGGCUGCGCAAGAUGGAGACUGUGGACUUCUACGCGAUCGACACGCCUGCGGUGGCCGAGCUGCUGGAGGAGGGGCUCCAUGUUGGGUCGACACAGGACCAGGAGACCAUCGACAAGCUGCAGCUGGUGUACGCACAGGCGAUGGAGGCGAACCGGGAGCUGGCCAAGAAUCUCGGCGAUGUGCAACAGCUCCAGCAGUUGUACGAGAAGUACGAGUCGCUGCCGUUGGACCGCGAAACGCGGGGCAACGUUGUUUCUGUGCUGGACGAGUACUCCACCACGUACGGCCAGCUGGAGCAGAUCGCCCAGACGGUGCAGCUGCGGUUUGGCGAGAUCGCGGAGUCCGACCAGCUGCUGCGGAUGAUCGACUCGAACCUACGCUACUUUGACUCGAGCUUCAACAUCAGCCGGCCGUUUCUGGCAGAAAUAACACAGAAAGUGGCCAAGUACUCGUACCUUGUGUCCGAGCACCAGACGCUGCAGUUCUACGAGCAACAGAUCGACGUCUGGUACGAACAGCUGGUGCUAUAUUUCGGACUUUCCAAGGUGAAGAAGCUGCGCAGCUAUUUUGAGGAGUGGCAGCACGCGGACGAGCAGAUUUUCGCGGAACCGCCCGGCUCGUCGAACUACUGCGUGUGUCGUCAGAAACACGAGAACGGCAUCAUGAUUGAGUGCGAGCAGUGCGAGCAAUGGUUCCACUUUGGGUGUCUGGGGCUGGACGAGAAGGACGAGAGCGAGAUCAGCGGGUUCCUGUGUCCGAUCUGCGACAUCGACAUGAAGUUCAAGUCGACACGACACCAUCUGGAGCAGACGGACAAGAAGCCGACACUGGCGCAGCUGGUGGAGUUUGUUUACUGGUCCAACUCGCAACUGACGGUGCUUCCGGCGGAGUACAAGAACAUCUUGUGGAUUUUGCGCAACUGCUACACUUUCAAGCUGAGCAUCUCGAACAUUCUGGAGAACGACCUGGAAGGAAUCCGGUUUGCAUUGCGGCGGAUGGAGGCGUGCCGUGUGAACUUCGAGCAGGACAGACUGGUGCUGCGAGCCAAGGUGGCCGAGCUGAUGCGGUUGCCCGAGGUCGAUCGACGCGACGACGCGACGACGCACCCCCAACAAGUGGGGGGAAGCGAAUGA